CCUCAGUUACUCAGUGCGCCACAAAUACGAUCACCUAACACACGUUACUAAAGGACAUUAUAGCGACAUUUCAAAAUAAGCUACGGAAAUGAACGUGGUUACAUUGGCUUUCACAUUACUCACAAAUCAAAUGGUACGCGCAAACGUCUUAAUAAAUUCAAGUACCAUAACCGCAUUACCGAGAAAUGCAACAGAAGUUAAUUUUGCUUUGCAAAUCCAACAAAUCUGGGCGACAACGACGACGGAAGUUACGCCUGGGGCUUCAGCCGGAAACAAUCUAAACGUCAGUGGGAGUGCCUCGUCGAGUGACUCAAAGCGGGAGAAGAAUUUUCUUCCAAUCUCCACAAUUUACGCAGAAAGAAAUGAACAUAAAAAACAUGAGAACGAUGGCAAAGACGAGUUUCUCUCGUUUGAUGAAAACACAAAAUCAAACAAUAAGGUGAAUAGCUCAGAGGAUCCACAUAUCAAUGAAAUUUUUCGAAAACCACAGCCUUUGGUCUGGGAUUCUUGCUUAGAAACAACUUUUAAAGAUCAUCCAGCAAAUAUGGUUAAGGUUCCCGAUGAUAUGGAAGUUGCCAGUAGUGAUUCUCACGACGAUAUUGUAGAUAAAGUACAGGAAAAUACCACAGUUUGGAACAAAAGAGAUACUAAUUCAGGAAAUUAUACCGAGGCAAUGAAAGCUUGGUUAGAAAAGUACAACAGUCUUCUGAAAAGUAAAACAGAAGAACGACGUCAACAAAGACCGGAAUCUAUUUUAAUUAAAAAGAUAAGUGAAGUCACAAUAACUGAAAUUCCAAUAUUAACAACAACUGUUCAAGUAAUACCGAUUACUAGAGAAAUAUUUAAAGAACCUUCGGAAAACUUCAAUAUAACCCAGAAGGCUGUUGUAACGGAAAUUAGUAUAAAAGCAAGUUAUACUGAAGAUUGGUUCGAGACGAAGGACAGAGGUAAAAUAAGAUUUAGCGGCUUACCUCAGAAGGAAACCUAUUUGAUUCCAGCGCUCAAACUCGAACAAGGUUUCCAUCCGUUCACAUUUAUGUCGGAGUUUUUUACGGUGAUCUACCCAUUCGAAUUUCCCGUUGUCAAUAAAAGUGGAAUCUACAUUUCUAGCCUUCAUAAUAGCAUUUACUUGCAUCGCUCUAAUCAUACCUGCAUAUUUAUUCAUUCUGGCUGUUCUAAAGCUGUUCUCUAAAUCAAGAUGUAACGACGAAACCGAAACAGGGGCCUUGUUUCCUGAAGCAGAGGAGUCAGAUUGCAAUGACAGGGUGCUGGUAGUUGUGGCACUUUUUGUGGUACUACUUUGUUGCGUUCUCAUAUCAGGAAUGGCAGUGAGCAAUGAGCAGGCUCACUGGGCGGCGAUGGAGAGCCGUAACGUAAUACACUGCGCGUGCGCUGACAUCGCCUCGUGGUUGGUAGCUGCGGCGCGGGAACUGCACCACAGUCUUAUACCACCGGUCGAUCUAGUCUUGCACGCUUACAGAGAAGAUCUGAAGAAUAUCGAGGUGCUUUUAGGGGAGCCUAUACAACAAGCCAUAGCAUCGGAGAGCGGCAUCGACUUGGUAUUCGACUCUUUGGCUGAUAUUAUAGCAGAAAGCGAAGAUCUCUCAAAGAAGAUAUCUUCCUUGCGUGACGUGAGUGUGAAGGCCGGGUCGCUGGCGGCCGCCGCCUCAGACCGGGUCAAGGACCUGGCUUCUCAGCUAGACAAUCUGAAGAAAUACUGCACUGUUAAAGAUACUCCUCUUUGCGAUACUGUCAAUACAAACUCCUUGGAGCUUCAAAUCAGAUUCGAAUGGAUACUUCACGAGAAGCAGUUACUGCAGCUUCGCUCCUUGGGUGUUGAGAACUUGACGCGAGCUAUAGCAGCUGCUAGGAAGGAGUUCAGAACACUGCCGUCCGCUAUAACUACUCAAACUAUACACGCUAGGAAAGACAUAGUGAACGACAUCGAGACUCGUCGGCAAGCUGUCCACGCCUCGGCGAAAGUUCUGAAUGAUAUAGUGCGACACCUCACGACGGGUUUACAUUCGGUCGCGAGGCAACUAGAGGCGGGUCUGGACCGGGUGCAGAGAUACGACUACUGGAGGUGGACUCUGAUGUUGGCUUGCGUAGUAACAUUCGCUUUCGUGAUGUCUUUGAUCGUCUUUGCCAUGAUGUGUGGAUGUGGCCACGCCAAAGAUCACGGUAAACGGACGUUACAAUUAUCGGCUGUAUGGCUGUGUUUCUCAUCUCUUUUUCUGUGGGGUGCCAUUUCAGUAACUUUUCUAAUAACAGGACACGCAGAGGUGUACGUAUGCCACGCCCUAUGGGACAAGCCGCAGUACGAAACUUUGACAGCUCUCUUAGACAAACCUUCGCCGCUCCUCUCUAAUGAUGAAGGAAUAUUCGACGCCCUCUUCAGAGAGCUCGACAAUGUCACCGUCGAUGUUUCAAUCAAGGAUGUUUUAAGGGAAUGCGAGAGAGAUAGGCCAGCUUACAUUGUUUUUCAGUUGGACAAAGUAUUGGACGUGAACAAAGAAACAUCUUACUUCGAAUGGGCAGAACUUCAAGCUGAUUUGAGCAGGCUCACGUCAUCCAUAGACGUGGGCCUUCUGAAAAGUAUUUCGAUGAAUUUCCACAGGCUUCUUAAUCAGAUGCUCAUAGUUUCAGAUGUGAAUUUAGCCAAAUAUAGAAUGAACUACAAUAUGCCAAUAAUGGGACGAGAUUUACCGUCUCUAGUUGACCAGUUGCAGAAUAUAGCCGCUCAGAUAUCAGACCUCACUACAGCAGGCCGUUUGGAGACUUUAGCAACUCGUACAAAAAGGCUUUAUUUGACAAACAUAAAGCCUCUAGAACAAGCCAGAGCCAACGUCGUGUACAGACUUACGGAGCUGGAACUUCAACUGAUGCCUUUCCGAAGAAAGCUGAACAUAUCCCUGAGCCAUAUACACACCGCUCAAUACUACAUAGAUAACCAAGGCGACAUCAUAGCGCAGAAGAAAGCAUCGAUGUAUGUAUCCCGUCUUCUAUCUCAUGCGGCCGGUUGGAGGACUCAUGUGCUAAUGUCGGUAGGCCAGCAGGCGGCGCGGUGCAAGCCCCUGUUUGCGGUCUUCUCCGCCUUGAGGACCUUGUUCUGCACCAACUACAUAUCGUCAUUGCAUGGCUGGUGGUUUUGCGGUGCAGUACUGGGAUUAUUGUGGUGUUCGGCUCUGACGCCGCUAUGUGUAAGACUAUGGAGAGCAUACGGAUGGAAGAUCAGGGCGCAGGAAGCUAUGACACUUACCAACUUGGGAACUGGUGCACAAGAAACACCAACCACAGCAAUAUGUGAUAGUGGCAACUGGAAUACGCCUGGGCCUCCUCCGGCGCCUAGAAGUGACAGCUGGUGAUGUUUUCAUCUGCACAUGAUUUACUAAGAAGUUAAUUUAUAAAGCACAAAAAUUGUGCUUCUAAAAGAUAGCUGUUGAUAUUUCGACUAAUAUGUGUUAUAUUAAUGUCGGACGCAUUGAAAUCGAUCCAAUCUGUCGUUGAUAUCUCUUGAAAUGCUUAUUUAAAUUUCAACCAAUAUUGUUACUCCGUUACGAUACAUGUUUAUCUAACAAGCUUCCAGCUAAGCUUACGAGUUACGAGUUUAAGUAAAAAAUCGGCCUCCGCGAACUUAUCAUCUUUUUCUGUUGAUUUUCUUUGAGAUUGAAAUCUUAGAUAUAAUCUCGACAACUGGAGAAAAAGUCUAUUUCGAAACUCAAUUAACUCUUUUUCCAGUUUAAUUUCAACGUUUUGUCUUUGGGAGAUAAAAAAACGUCGACGUCAAUUUGUACGAGUAUUUAUCUUGGCGCUUUCUAUCUAUAGAUUUUCAGUGAUAGGGAAAAGGAGAAGAAUUUGUAAAUCUAAAGAAAAUUUUACUAGAAAGAACCCCAGUCAGUCCAAGUUUCCAUAAUACCUCGUCGAGAAUUUAAUUUAGUCCCAGUUGCAACAAAAUUCUGAAAAUAAAUUCCUAAAAAAAUCAAAUUGAAGCUUAAUACUGUUUAAUACAUCAUAACGCCUUAACUUGAGUUUUUAAAGUUCUUUAAUCAAAUGUAAAAGUUUAGAUGUCGUUCUAUCCUUAUUUGACUUUAAUUAAUUGACAAAGAUAGAAUGAGGUGUUGAACAUGAUUAAGCUCUAAUACGAAUUAAAAAUAUUGGUGCAAGUGGUUUGCUUUUGCCUUGUUUUAAUAAAUUACAUUUUGCAAAAAGGGUUACUAACCGUUUUCAAAUAUAAAAGAAUAUUACAGAGAUCACAUUUCUUAGUUGAAACGUAUGGUUUAAUUAAGUGCACUCGCGCCCAGAGACGUAAAUAAGUGAUGAUGCCACUUUGGACUUAUCGUAUGUAUUAUCAUAUUCCACUGUUAUUGGAAAGUAAGUGUCAGUUGAAAAGUUCAACUGAAUAAACUUUUGAAGUGAUGACGCGAGAGGGUAUCAGUUUUUAGAUUUUCAUUAUGUAAUACUUAUGCAGUGUGCUUGGACGUUUGAAAGUAAUUUGAGGUUGAUGAUAUUUUAUGCUAUAAGACGAUUCUGUAAAAUAAAAUCUCAUUUUCGAGUUUUAUAAUUGCAGUUCAGUUUAGUUUAAUAAGCAUUCUGUAUUGACACAGCGAAAGGUCUUCAUUACUGGUGAAGUAGCAAUAGGGAUGAUGACAGGGUAAAGUAAACGGAACUCUAUUUAAUUCUGACGAAUUAAAAACGAAAUUUGUUUUAAUUUUGACGAAUUAAAUAGAAUUUCGGCAUUCGUCAAAAAAUAAUGGACAAGUAUUUCUUCUUUAGUCAAUCGUCCAAAAAAUUUCAAAGAUAAAGCGCAUCUAAAUUUGGGAUUGCGCCGGGGGCUUGUGACGUCACUUCUUGGUAAAAAUUGUAACAAGACGUGAGGUCAUGUGAUAUUUCAAAUCAAAAUAUCCCUGUAAUAUUCUGAUUAUAUGUAUAAAGAAAAAAUACGUGUCCAAUACUUUUUAAUAAUCUACCUGAUGGACUAAGAAAAAAAAAUAGUCAUCAUCACUAUUAAAUAAUUUAGUAAUUUACUAAAUUUCUAAUAAACAAAAUCUAUAGUGAGAUUUCAUUUUACAAAUUUGACGUUCUGGUUGGAGUUUGGGUAGGGAUUUAUUCCCCACUGCAUUUUCUUAAAUGUAAAGUAUGAAAGCAGUAUUAAUUUAAUAAACUUUUUUAAAAACUACUCAACUUUUUUACUUUAUUUAUUUUUCCUUUAUUAUAUCAAUAAGAAAAAAAAACACCUUAAAGAAUUGAGUAAAGAUUCCAGCAUAUCAAACUUAACUGUUUGUAUAUAUUUUUGACAUAAUUUUGUGAGUACAUAUAAUACUACUAUUUCUAAAUUAUACAUAGCAGUAUGACUCCAUGGGGUAGUUGGGUCAGAGUAGGCAACGGCGCGAGAGAUAUUUUUUAUAUCGCAAGCGUCAAUCAGCUACGAGUAUAUAGCCCGCUUACAUCAGGCGGGCCAUAUUCUUGUUUGCCA